UCUCAUUCUGACUGCGGUACAUGAACGCCUCGUAAUUUGUAUCGUUGCACUUCCUCUAAACAGGGAGGUUCUGCUGGUUAUCAUCGAGGAUUUUAAACACUAACUUUUGCACUUUGGUUUGAUUAGGCCGGUUCAUUGCCGAGCAGGAUGAUUGAUGUUCGAGCAUGGGCAGAGUAUGUUGUGGAGUGGGCUGCCAAAGACCCCUACGGUUUCCUCACCACCAUCAUAUUGGCUUUGACCCCGCUCUUCAUCGCCAGUGCGCUGCUGUCCUGGAAGCUGGCCAAGAUGAUCGAGGCACGUGACCGCGAACAAAAGAAGAAGCAGAAGCGUCAGGAAAACAUAAAAAAGGCCAAGGGGACCAAGAAAGACUGAGCCUGUUGUGAGGGGGCGGGGCUGAGUGAGAGCAUAGGGGAAGGACAAGCAGCCAUCAGUCGCAGCCCRUUUUUUUAUUCCAUAUAAUGACUCGGUGCCCUUCCUUGUCCCAGCAUCAGGGCUACUACGCCUCACGUUCAGGCAGCGGGACACUGGCCCACCAGGCCCGUCAGUGCUGCGAUGGACAGCGCUGACAACAAGGAGACUCGUCCCAGUGGGACUCUGGUCAGCAAGAGCUCAGUGGUCAUCAGUUAGACGUUUUAUACAAAAAAAAAUCUCGUUAUACCGUGCAGCUGUUGUAAUACCUUGCAUUCCAUUGUUAACACCUCUUUUCUGCCMAACUGACCCGUUAUGAGCAUACUGGAACUGUCAGUUGCAACUAAAAAUUAAAGUUUUUCUUGAAUAAAGACUUCCUGAGUGAUAAAACAGAUAAAAUCAGUUCUCAAAUUUUAAUUCAUAUGAAAAAUUUAUAUUCAUAAGUGAUUGUUUCCAUAUUAUAAAAUAAUUACAA